ACCCAGGGGUGUCCUUGCAAGCUGGCUUGGCUGUGUAUAUUCUGGCGCAGAGUGAAUGAGUUCAGAGUAAUGCUGGAUCAUCUGGAUCUCUCCUCUAACUGACACUCUUUCAUUAUUGAAUUAUUUAUUUAUUUAUUUAUUUUAUUAUAUCAUUUACUCUAAUGGGAGAUUACACACAAAGACUGGAUGUUAGAUGAGAUUUAGUUCCAGUCAGAUUAAACAUGUGACUUUUGAGCUGUCUUUAUUUCUUCAUUACUCCAGGUAGAGGUGUCUUGUGAAGGAUGGUGCUCUUUAAAGGCGGAAUAGUCCAUAACAGUUCAUGACUUGAACCUCUGGAGUGGAUGUCAUGGUUCUCCUGGGUUCUCGUGUGUGAAUGAGCCUAGCAGAGACACAUCCACAUCUCAGCACAUCACACGUGCAUGAGGUUGCACGAGUGAUUUAAAGAACCAUGGGGAACGCUUCAGGCGGCAUGGAGGUGUCGCCCAGCCGAGAAGUUAAAUGGGCCCAAAACUCAUCCAGCCUUGGUGGUUUGAAACAACCUCCUGGACCUAAACUGCCCUUGCCUUCAGAGGAGGAGCUGGAGGAGAGGUUCAGCUCAGUGCUGAACUCCAUGAACCUUCCUCCUGAUAAAAUGAAACUGCUCCACCAGUACAACAGUGAGAAGAAGUGGGAGUUAGUCUGUGACCAGGAGCGCUUUCAGGUUAAAAAUCCACCAUCAGCCUACGUGCAGAAACUCAAGAGCUUUUUAGAGCAAGGAGGCAGCAGGAAGUUUAAGAGAUGCGUACAAGAGGCCACACAAGUCCUGAGAGAUCUGGAAAUAUCUUUGAGGACCAAUCACAUUGGGUGGGCUCAAGAAUUUCUCAAUGAGGAGAACAAGGGUUUAGACGUUCUAGUCGAGUACCUUUCCUUCGCCCAGCGCGCCGUGCCGUACGACCUGGACUGCAUGGAUAAUGGGAGCUUUGAAGAGAAAUCGGCAGAAGAUGGGACUUUGAGUGCCACGAACUCCCCCACCCACAAUUCCUCGAACACCAACCGUUCUUAUGCAGCACGAUUGAACUCUUUCCACAGCAGGAAAGCUCUGAGCAACUCGCGCCUGCUCAGUCAGAAAGACCACCUGCAUCUCUGCAUCAUGUGUCUACGGGCCAUCAUGAACUAUCAGUCAGGGUUUAAUCAGGUGAUGAGCCAUCCAAACUGUGUCAAUGAGAUCACACUGAGCCUCAACAACAAUAAUGCCAGAACUAAAGCCUUGGUUCUGGAGCUGUUGGCCGCCGUGUGUUUCGUCCGAGGAGGUCACGACAUCAUCCUCUCCGCUUUCAACAACUUUAAAGAGGUGUGUGGAGAAAAGAGCCGCUUCGAAAAGCUGAUGGUCUAUUUCCGUAACGAGGACGGUAACAUCGACUUCAUGGUGGCGUGCAUGCAGUUUAUCAAUAUUGUGGUGCAUUCUGUAGAAAACAUGAACUUCAGAGUUCACCUGCAGUCAGAGUUUACACAGCUAGGACUGGACGAUUACCUGGAGACAUUAAAAGUGAGUGAGAGUGAGAGAUUACAGGUCCAGGUCCACGCGUACCUGGAUAACUUGUUUGAUGUUGGAGCCUUGCUGGAGGACGCAGAGACCAAAAACAGUUUACUGGAGCAUUUAGAGGAACUCCAGCAGAAUAACACUGAGUUAAGCAGGAGGCUGCAGGAGUGUGAGAAUGAAGCAAUGGAGAAAGUGUCAAACCUGGAGCGACAGCUCAUCCACACUACUAAGGAGGUGGAGCUCCUGAAGGAGAGCCUCCGUGAAUCGUGCAAUCAAAUCUCCACCCUGCAGCAGCGAGAGCGUGAACGAGAGAUGGCCAGAGAGCUGGAGAGGGAGAGAGAGAGGGACCGAGAGCGCUUAUCGAGAGUGCUUGAGCAGAAGGUCCAGUCCCUGGUGGAGCAGGGGCUCAUCCAGAUACAGCGCUCCGAGUCUGGAUCUGUGGAACUGAACGUCCUGAACAAGGCCUCAAAUACACAGCUAUGUCACGCAGGUGAAGUCGUAGGUGAGAUUAUUGAAACAAACGUUCCCGUAAGUGCUUCCUGUGCACAGUCUCAACCUUCACCUCCAACUCUACCCCCACUGCCAAUCCCUGCUCCUCCCCCACCACCUCCUCCUCCACCUGCUCCACCUCUGAACACCUUAAGAACAGGUAUGAGGGAUAAGAAACCGAUCCAGACAAAAUAUCGCAUGCCGCUUUUUAACUGGCAGACGUUAAAGGACGAGCAGGUCGCUGGAACCGUCUUCAUCGAGCUGGAUGACGAAAACGUUUUAUCAGAGCUGGACAUGGACACUUUCGAGGAGCUCUUCAAGACCAAAGCUCAGUCUCCUUCCUCCAACUUCAGCACCCUGAAAACAAAAGCCGCACGAAAGUCAUCUAGUAAAAUCUCCCUGCUGGAGCCAAACCGAGCCAAAAACCUGGCAAUCACUCUGCGCAAAGGAGGCAUGGACGCCAACCAGAUCUGCACCGCCAUUGAGAUGUAUAAUCUGAAGGCAUUAAGUCUGGAUUUUCUGGAGCAGUUGGAGCGUUUCAUCCCGUCCGACUACGAGCUGAAGUUGAUCCAGAAUUACGAGCUUGAUGGCCGCCCCGUGCUGGAGCUCUCUGAGGAAGACCGCUUCAUGGCCCGGUUUGGAAAAAUCCCACGACUCUGUCAGCGAAUCAGCACACUCACCUUCAUGGGGAACUUCAGCGAGAGCGUUCAGCUCCUGCAGCCACAACUGAAUGCCAUCAUUGCUGCGUCCAUGUCCAUUAAAUCCUCCGGCAAACUGAAGAAGAUUCUGGAGCUCAUUCUUGCAUUCGGGAACUACAUGAAUAGUGGGAAGAGGGGCACAGUUUACGGCUUCCGCCUCCAGAGUCUCGAUCAGCUGCUGGACACAAAGUCGACAGAUCGCAGACAGACGCUGCUGCACUUCCUCGUCAGCAUCAUACAGGAGAAAUAUCCACAUCUACAUACCUUUCAUACUGAGCUGCACUUCAUGGACAAAGCAGCAAUGGUCUCACUGGACAGCAUUUUAUUAGACGUUCGUGCACUCGAGAAAGGAAUGGAAGUGACUCAGAAGGAGUUUGAGGAACAGAAAGACAAUUCGAUCCUGAAGGACUUCCUGUCCAACAACAGCAGUCUGAUGGAUGCCGUGGUUAAAGACGCAAAAACCGCCCAGGAGGUGUAUGAAUCAGUGGUGGAGUAUUUUGGGGAAAAUCCCAAAACCACUCCCCCUUCUAUGUUCUUCCUCAUAUUCAUUAGGUUCAUUAAAGCUUAUAAGACGGCUGAACAGGAGAACCAGCAGAGGAAGAGAGACAGAGUCGUCGGAGGCGACCCGAGCAAAGGAGCGGCCAUGCUGAAGGAUGAGAAAAUUGGAAGCAAGGUGCCCACAAUGCCGCGCUUGGUGCAGGUUGACCUGAUAGCGGAGUUGAAGCGAAGACAGGUGUCCCCUCUGAUGCGUGAGGGUGAGGACGGCACCAUUGAGGACAUCAUCACAGGUCUGAGAAGUCAGCCCUACAUAAGAGCUGAUGGAGCAAGACUCAGCUACAAAUGGAAACCAGCACAGAAGCUACAAGUGUCUUCAGAUAUCUCUCUUUAACACACACACACACACAUACAGGCAUGCACAAAAAAACACGGUCUAACUGUACCAACAUGUACCAAGAUUUGUCGAAUGCAUUGCAUUGCAUUUAUAAUUCUGACUCUCGCAUGAACAGGAUUUUGCAUUGUGAUCAUCGCGUUUGAAUUUUGAUCGUGACGAACAUUAAUGCUUCAAGAUACUUUAACUAACAUUUGCUUAUAGUGGGGAAUUGUUGCUUUAUGUACAUGUAACCUUAUUAAUCAAUAAAUGGCAUCCAAUUA